AUGUCGUCCAGCCAGCAAGAGGGGUUUGCACCCUCGCAUGCUCCCCUCUGCACCAUGGCAUCCCUAAAAGUCCUUGACAGCCCCGAAUCCUAUACGAUCGCCUGGAUCGCUGCUCUUCCCAUCGAGCGGGCCGCCGCAGAAGGUCAGCUAGAAUGCAGUUUAACUUGGCAACGGAAGUCCUUAUCCCAAUCAAACCAGGAAAUGUGA